AUGAGUACAGAGAAGGGGCAAGCGCCCAUAAGAGACGACGAGUCAAUGUCAUGGAUUUACCGAGGUGCCCAUUUGCGUCCAGCAUUGUACGUAGAGGUUGCAGAUGAACCUGUUCAAGAUGUUGGGGAAGGAACUAGUGGUGGUCAGUAUGAUGGUGCAGGGAGUAGUGGUGUUGGUGGUACCAAUGAAGAUGACGAUGACACAGAAGAUGACGUACAUGGGAACAGUGACGAGGAUGACAUGGACAAGUCUGAACUGGAUGAGGAUUCUGAUGGGAUCACAAUGUGGGACGGUAAUUGGCAGACGGUUAGACAUGGUGUACAUUUUGCUAACAAGAAAGAGGAAGAUGAUCAAGAUCAUGAGGAUAUUGGGGAUCAGGAGCAUGAUGAUGAUGCUGAUGAUGCUGAGCAUUCCUCUCAUGAUCAUUAUGAGGGCACUGAUCAGGGACGGGCCCCGGUGAUGGUACCAUGCCUUUACACCGAUUGCUUUGGAAGUGGUUGGUUGCUUAUAAUGACUUUAACUGCAGGAUUGGGUGCUUACAGAUGGUCAAAGUAUAAAGAAGUUGCUGGGUUGGGUAAUGUGUGUCCCCUCAGAUAUCAUUUGCUUUGUUAUGUUGGGAGCAUCUAUUGCGUCUUGUCAGAAGUAUUUCGUGAUCAGUUUGGUUGGGUAAUUGCAGUUGUGAUUAUGAAUGUUUCCAAGAUAGCCACUGACUUCCAGUGUUGCUCUGCAGCUUCCCAGCUUGGAGAAGUUGGAUGCUUAUGCUGCAAACCAAUGGGAGAGAUCACAGUUGCCAGAGAUCCCAUCACUGCUCUGGACAAGCACAUAUUCGAGAAUAAUUUGGGCAGUGAGGAUUCUUUCGAAGAUUUUGGUGGCGAUGGUGAAGAUUACAGUAUAUUAUUUGCUACAGAUGAGGAAUUUUCGGAAAAGGAUGAUAUUGUUGAUUGGGUGAAAGGCAUGGGCAUGGCAAAUGGUAUGAUAAUAAACGUAGUUUCUAGCAAGAGAAAGAAUGGUGUUCUGAUGAGAUGUUGUAAAGGGGGAAAGGUGUCAGUUGAUGAUGGUGAAUACUAUGUCUCAUCAGAUUCGAAGACACAAAUCACUGGAUGUAAAUUUAAGUUAUAUGUGCACUUAGUUGAUGGAAAGUGGUGCAUUCGUGUGUAUCCUGGUGAGUUUGGAAUUCAUAACCACGAGCUGUUUGACGAAGAUCAUCCCACGAGGGGCCUUAGCGAUGGAGUGAAACAGCUUAUACAGGAUAUGUCCAAAGAUGGGUGCAGACCGUGUCAGAUCAUGGCUGCGAUUGAGAGGAUAUUUCCAGAUGAAAAAGUUAAUAGGCGGCAAGUCUACAAUUUCAUGAAGAAAUUGCAUAGUGAGGGGUUCCCGGUCUUGGGUGACUCGAGUGCCAUGGAUGUCGCGACGAAGACACUAUCGGUGGCCAAGCAUCAUCGUUACAUCAUCAUGACAGAUUGCAAUCAGGAGACAGAUGUGCUGACUCGUCGACAUCUCAACAAGGAAUUGAAAUUUGAGGCCAAGAUUGCAAAUGGUUUUGCGUAUGGGUUGUGGAAAGACGUUGUGGAAGCUAAUAAUCAGGAUGAGUACAAUAAAGCUGUUGCCGUAAUAAACCGUCGCUGGCACAAUUUUCCGAGAGUUCUUAAUUAUAUCCAUAAGACAUGGCUAGUGGUUGACUACAAAUUCGUCAAGGCAUGGACGAAUGCUGUGUUUCAUAUGAGCAACACUACUACAGGUAGGGUCGAGAGUGUGCACAAGCAAUUAAAAACUUGGCUGAAAACAUCUACUGCGUCGCUGGAUACACUUUGGGCUAAGGUGCACUUGGAAAUUCAGAGUCAGCUGACUGAAAUACGUUUUCCACUGAACCGCUUGAAGUGUCAAGUUUCACAUCCAUGUUUGAAAAAACUGAACACUGAGUGGUCGAAGGCGCAAGAGUGGAAAGAAGAAACGAAUGACAGAUGUGAUCAUGUGGUUUACUGGACUUGUCGAAUUCCAUGGGCGUGCGCCCUCAAAAAGGCUACAGAUGCCGGCACAUCGAUAACUCUUAAGCAUAUUCACCCAUUCUGGGCGACCAUUAAUAUCGAUGAACAGGCUGGUACUGGUGGUUCGAGCGAUGUGGAUGACAAUGUCCUUUAUAUCAGACAGUUGAUGGAAGAGCUGAACGAGUGUCCUAAGGCAGUACGACGCACGGUAAAUAGGACUCUCCAUGAUAUUAUGCAUCCAGACAAGUGUGGGUUCAAACAACCCGAGGAGGUUAAGAGAAGGAAGGGGCUGCUGAAGGGGGCUAAAUCAAAGAAAAAAGCAACACCUAAUGUGUGGGAUUACAAGGACGACACUCAAGGAAAGUCGACCACAGUUACCAGCGAUUCAAGUAAGAAGCACCCCUCAUCUUCAGGUGGUCGUACAGAUGCAUCCACAGUAUUUUGCACAAAUAAUUAUAUAUGUAAAUGCAAGACGGAAUGGCAGGAAGAAGUGACUCGUAUUCGAUGGAGUGGAAAUGGUUUCGCACCUGAGCGCCAUUGGAUGUGUGCGACGGACUUGUUCCUAGUUGCGACUUUGAACAAUGCAAUUGUGCACUAUUACGGUGCAGGAGAAGAGAACCAGUCGCUAAACACCUCAUGUUGGACUAUACUACCUGUCACUGCACGCGGUGAGGCAACAUGUCCGGCAUAUCAGAUUGGGGUAUGUCACCUUGGUAUUUACAAGCACUUCAUUCGGAUUAAUUUGGACGGUGACUUUCCAGUUCCACCGAUCAAUAAUCGGUGGACUAAGGAACAUCAUCCUAGCGUUGCUGGUUGGGAAUUACCACUUCUUCCUAGAAUUCAAGAUUGGUAUAGGUUUGUCCCCUCCAAUCUUGGACGACCCGUGAAUUAUGAUAAUGAUUUCAUUGAUCUUAGUUUCUUAGAUUAG